AUGUUACUCUAUUUGCUUGCUUUAAUACUAUUCAUAGUUACAGCUCAAGCUGAGUCGUCGGUAUCGACCGUUGUUCAGUCCAAGACGGCUUCUCCUGAGAUUGCUGUCGCUCCCAGCCUGACGCCAACAUUCCGGGACACUCAUGCACCUAAUCCACAGAAGUGUCCCGGCUACAAGGCAACAAAUAUCAAGAGGGAUCUCAAAGGUAUAAAGGCAGAUCUAACUAUUGCUGGACCUAACUGUCAAGCUUUUGGUAAUGAUAUUCGUGACCUGGUAUUAGAGGUUAAAUAUCAGACUAAAGAGCGUUUGAAUGUCAAGAUAUUCCCCAAGUAUUUGUCUGAACAGAACAGAACUCAGUAUAUCCUACCAGACUCACUUGUAUUCGAGCCAGGGAGAGAUGAGAAAACGACAAUCUCGAAUAGUGACCUCAGGUUCGACUUUACCAACUCUCCAAGCUUCCAGUUCAAGAUCACCCGAAGCUGCAAUAGGGAGGUCCUGUUUUCGACUUAUGGCCAUGUUAUCGUUUUUGAGGACCAGUUCAUUGAACUGGUUACCAACAUGGAGCCUGACUACAAUGUCUAUGGACUAGCUGAGAACAUCCAUGACUUCCAUCUGGGGCAGAACUUCACACAAACCUUCUGGACCAAUGACGCUGGCAUUGAGCACGGCAACCCUAUUGAUGGAAACAUAUAUGGCGUGCAUCCCUUCUACCAGCAGAGCCGAUACCAUAAGGGCAGCAAUACCACUUCUCACGGUGUAUAUGCACGCAAUGCUCAUGGCCAAGAAUGGCUUCUGAGAUCAAAGACUUUGACAUACCGUACCAUCGGUGGAAGUGUUGAUAUCUACUUCCUCAGCGGCCAGAACAAGCAAGGCGGGUCUACAGCUAUUGAGACCAUGCGUCAGUAUCAUGCUGGCUGCGUUGGCUUGCCUGCAAUGCAAAUGUUCUGGACACUGGGCUUUCAUCAAUGUCGAUUGGGAUAUGACACCCUCGACAAAAUUGAGGCUGUGGUGGAGAAUUACAGAGCCGCUGAUAUCCCACUUGAGGCUAUUUGGUCAGACUUUGACAUGUUUGAUGGCUUCCGCAGCUUCGCAAAUAACCCUGUCACCUUUCCGCCUGAUCGCAUGUCAAAGUGGGUAGACUGGCUUCACGAGAACGAGCAGUACUACGUUCCGCUUGUCUGGGCCAACAUAUACCGGCCGAAUCCUGAUGAUCCAAAGGAUACUUAUGGUCCGUAUGAACGUGGCGCCAAGCUCAAAGCCUUCAUCAGAGAUCCAGAGUCGGGCGACUUCUACACGGGUAACAACUGGCCAGGGUUCGUUGUCUGGGGAGAUUUCAUGCUGCCCGAGACACACAAAUGGUGGGCUGAAGAGCUCAAGAUAUGGUACGACAGUGUGCCUUAUGAUGGAAUGCUGUCUGAUCUGACAGAACCUGCUUCAUACUGUGUUGGGCCAUGCGGCAAUAGUCGUCUGGAUAUGAACCCUGUUCACGUUCCCUUCUUGAUUCCUGGAGAAAAGCUCAGGAUGUUUUAUGAGUACCCAGAUGGCUUCAGUGUGACCAACCGCUCCGAGGCCGAAAUGGCAAAAGAGCUUGCGGCCAAUCAGUCAGCGGAAGUCCAGGCCGCGCAGGUGUUCCAAGUCCCUGCUACAAGCACGCUAGGACGCACGGAGCCAACACUAGGUGUCAGAAACCUCACUUAUCCACCUUAUGUUCUUAAUAAUUUACAACCUGGCCACUCUAUCAGAAGAAUGACCAUUUCUCCAGAUGCAACUCACAGUGAUGAGUUGAACACCACUGAGUACCAAAUGCAUAAUCUGUUUGGCAACCAGAUCUCCAAUGCGACCUACCACGGACUGCUUGAGUUGUUCCCUGGUCAUCGCCCAUUCAACAUCGCCCGUGGCAACUUUGCUGGCAUUGGCAGAUAUGCUACGAGAUGGGGCGGUGAUAACUCAUCAAAAUGGGGAAGCAUGUUCUUGUCCAUCUCACAUGCUCUGACGCACAUGAUGGCUGGAAUACCUAUGUUUGGAGUCGACAUCUGUGGUUACUCUCACAAUGCUAGCUUUGAUCUUUGCGCCCGAUGGAUGUCUCUGGGUGCCUUCAUGCCUUUUUAUCGCAAUCAUAAUAUGGGUGGUACCAUAUCUCAAGAGGCGUUCGUUUGGUCAUCUGUUGCUGAGGCUUCACGUCGAGCUAUAGCGAUAAGAUACAGCCUCCUCAACUACAUUUACACACUGUUCUACUACGCCAAUACCAAAGGCGACCUUGUCAUGCGAGCUUUGGCAUGGGAGUUUCCAAAUGACGAGAGCCUCAAAGCCACCUACUCCCAGUUUUUACUGGGUCCAUCCCUUUUAGUAACACCUGUGCUCACUCCAAACUCCAAAACAGUUCGCGGUGUUUUUCCUGGGAUUGGAGAAGGAACAAGGUGGUAUGACUGGUACACAUUGAAUGAAGUCCAUGCCAAACCUCAAGAGAACAUCACUCUUGAUGCACCUUUGGAACAUAUUAAUCUUCACAUCAGAGGCGGCACGGUAUUCACAUUGCAAAAACCAGGAAAUACAACUGCAGCGACAAGAAGGAACCCGUUCUCACUUCUCUUGGCUCUAGACGAUAAUGAGUAUGCUGAAGGAAGUGUGUAUUUUGAUGACGGUGUCAGUCUCGAACCAGAAGCCACCAAGACUGUCGCAUAUACCUUCAGGAAGGGAAUUCUAAGGGCUGAAACCACUGGUGACUACAAAGUCAGUCCUCCACUUGUAAACAUAACUGUUGCUGGACUUCACAAGGCACCCAAGAGAGUUGAGUUCCAUUCUGAUGAAGGAAAGCAAAAAGGUUUGUCACCCAAGCUUGAAUACAGUAACGGCACGGCAUAUGUAACAGAGCUGGAACACUUUACACGGAAUGGGGCCUUUAGAUAUGACUUUCAGGUCACAUUCGAGUAUUAA